GUGAGUCAGUUCACAGAGCCGCGGUGGGAGUCGGAGCUUCGGAGUGAAGAGCACAAUUUACCCAAGUCGCGGCAACUCUGAGACAAAAAACACUUACAGGGCAGCUUCUGACUCUGGGGUUGGAGGUUUUUUGGUCCCCCGUGGCGAAUCGGCAGCGAGAGACGACAGUCUGGACCGAAUUAUCUUGGUGUCGAGCAGCAGUACGAAAGAGAGAAGGAGGAACUCUAGGAGACAAGCUGGACAGAGCGGAGCUGAGGGAGGAGGGCGAACGCCCAGCGUUCGUCCUGAGGCGCAGAGUGUGCAACACUGACAGCACCAGUGCCAGCGACUCCACCUCAGACAGCCAAGACACCAUGAGCCCAGGCAGCUCAGAGUCAGAUUGUACACAGAAUGAGACUGCAGCCGUUAGAAGAACGGCGCACCAUGAAGGAGACAAGAGGACAGAGGAAGAGGGGGAGGAGGAAGAGGAGGAGAAGGAGGAGAGGAGCUCCGAUGAAGGCUUUAUGGGGAUGACUCCACUGCUGCAGGCUCACCAUGCUAUGGAAAAGAUGGAGGAAUUUGUCCAUAAGAUGUGGGAAGGCCGGUGGCGUGUCAUCCCCCACGACGUGCUGCCUGAUUGGCUAAAGGACAACGACUAUCUCCUGCAUGGCCACAGGCCACCAAUGCCAUCCUUCAGAGCGUGCUUCAAGAGCAUCUUCAGAAUCCACACAGAGACGGGCAACAUCUGGACUCAUCUUCUCGGUUGCCUGUUCUUCCUGUGUCUGGGGAUCGUGUACAUGUUCAGACCCAACAUGUCAUUCGUGGCACCAUUUCAGGAAAAGAUCGUGAUUGGCGCGUUCUUCUUGGGUGCCAUCCUCUGCCUGUCCUUCUCCUGGCUCUUCCACACAGUCUACUGCCAUUCAGAGGGCGUCUCGAGGAUAUUCUCAAAAUUGGACUACUCAGGCAUCGCGUUCCUGAUCAUGGGUAGUUUUGUGCCGUGGCUUUACUACUCGUUCUACUGCUCCCCUCAGCCCUGCGUUGUAUACCUGAUCGUGGUGUGUAUCCUGGGCCUCGCUGCCAUCACCGUGUCCCAGUGCGACUUCUUCGCCACGCCGCAGUACCGAGGAGUACGAGCAGGUGUGUUUGUGGGCCUGGGCCUGAGUGGAGUUGUCCCCACAUUACACUUCGUAAUCUCCGAGGGCUUCCUCAGGGCCACCACGAUCGGUCAGAUGGGCUGGCUGUUCCUCAUGGCUGCCCUUUACAUCACCGGAGCCUGCCUUUACGCUGCGCGCAUCCCUGAGAGGUUCUUCCCAGGCAAAUGUGACAUCUGGUUCCACUCGCACCAGCUGUUCCACAUCUUGGUGGUUGCAGGAGCGUUCGUGCACUUCCACGGCGUGUCCAACCUACAGGAGUUCCGCUAUACAGUAGGCGCCGGCUGUACGGCGGACAGCGCUCUAUGAGACCACACCACCAGGGGGAGACGGAGCUCUCCUUUUAUUGCCACCACCACCGCCAGUAACGCCUCGUCCUCCUCUCUGAACUGUCUCGCUCCACUACUGAGGGCUAAACACGACCUUUCCUCCUGUUUGUUUCCCCCUCACUCCUCGUCUUCUGCCCUCCUUUAAUAAUAAUAAUAAUAAUAAAUCACGAUGCGAUUCAGUGGAGCUGGAGGGUGGAUCAGUAAAUCUGAAAUACAGAUUUACAGGGUUGUUUUGGAGAUCUGUAAACAUUUUGACUUCAGGCUGUUUGCAUAUUAACUGGUUUGGGGGAAAAAUGUUGGGAAAUUUUUUUUGCCUUUCAAGGUGCAAAUGGUUUUAACUGUUAUAAAUGUUAUUAUUAAUGUAAAUAAGAUUUCUAAAUCUGGGUUCUAUAGAUUUUUACAAACGUUUAAUAAUAACGAUAAUGAUAAAACAUUAUAGUAUUGUUAAAUUGAGAGGAUACGGUUGAAAAGAUGCAAGGUAGGUGCAUCAGUUAGGAUCCUGGAGUCAGCAAAUUAACUGUGUACUUCUGAACCAAAAAUAACGAGAGGGAGGAUUAAAGGAUCGGCGAGAGAUAGAAGACUUCAGUUCGAAAUGGACGAAGUGAUGUUUGUUUGCUGCUUCACAUGACGGCGCGCAGCCGUGGUUGAUCUCCGAGGCUGUAGCUGUGUGUGUCUCUGGAGCGCGGAGUCCGAAGUCCAUGAGAAGCCAUCGAGAGGUUUUUCCUGGCAAAGCCAUAAUCCUGACAGGUGCCAGGUCUGAGAACUGGCCUUAUUAUUUUGUUUUCAGCCUCCUUUUUCCACACUCGAGGAAUUUCUGCUUCUCGACUUGGACUACAGCACCUCAGAUCACGUUUGAUUUUGAUUUUAUGGGAUGUUGAAGAUCCUGGCAUGCAGAGACACGUCUCUGUGUACUGUCACGCACUUUUUUUUUCUUUUUUUUUUCAUUGCUAUGAUUCGCUGCUUUUUUACUUCAUUUAAUUUUGCAAUCUGUUCAAUCAGGAUGCUGCUUUUUUUUCUUCAUUACAAUACAGGAAAAGCUUUAUUUUUGCUUCAAGAUUUUUGCUCGCCUUUUCUAAAGCUUGUGGGUCACAUGUUCGAGAUCCAUGAACGCAUCACACUGUGUCUCAUCUAUAAGAGUAUUACUCCAGGCUGCUCACGUGAACGAGGCAAACCCACCAUCGUAGGACGUUUUUACAUCAGCGUGGGCCGUAACGGAGGCCUCGCACAGCCACCGUCCGUUUCACAAAACGCUGCCUUGUACAUCAGCUCGUGUUGAAUCGAGGCAACUCGGGGAUCAACGUCUCGGAACUUUAAUACAGGAUGAACCUGUGGACUCCACGCUCAUCCGACAGUGUUAUCAAUCAAUGCAAACCGGCACAGGCCCAGAGGUCACCACCAACACAAGGCCUUGAUUCACUGCAUAAUGUUUAAUUCAUUUUUUAUUUAUUUUUUUGGGGGAGGUGUUAUUCUUUUUAAUAUUAAUUUAUUAUUGAAGUGUGAGAGGUGCGUACUAUUUCUUGUUGAAGCACACAAAGUUCCGAGUGUCUGCAGUAGAACCUUUUUUAUAUCUACUGUGGUGUUCUAAUAAAAUGUUUUUGAAUUCUGA